GAAGUCAGAUCGACCGGCAUCGGUGUUCGUUUUUUUCCAAAAAUAAUCGGAAAACUCUGAAAGAGCAGAGAGCGCACGAAAAUACACACAUCCGCACAUCGCACACCGGUGUUUGUUUGUGUGUGAAAAGCCAAUUUUCCGAGAACGGGAGAAAAGUCGAACCCAGAUUUUCGGGAACAUGCUCCCGCCUUGAUCAGUUGAGAUUCGACAACGGGACCGUUCGGACCCCCCAGAGCAAAUUUCGCAACAUUGCGCGUGUGCGACUUGGUUAGAAAAGUAGAAAAGUACCAUAUAAGGCGAAAAGAUGUCGGACCAAAUAAGCGACCCAAUCCGGAAGUGUUCCAUCAUACUGAAAAACGCAAAAAGCGACACGGAAAAGUUCGCCGCACUGUUUAUGGUGACGAAGCUGAUCAAAGGGAAGGAUUGCAACGAGGCCGGGAAACGGCUACUGUUCGAUUCGAUCGGACUGGACUUUGUGAGGCGGCUGCUGACGAGCAAGGAUGUUCCGGAUGCGUCGGCCUACCAGAGUGUGGCACUGUCGAUUUUGAGUUGCUUCUGCGAGGAUGAGCAACUGGCCACACACAAGGACAUGCUGGACAGCAUUCCGGUGUUCCUGGGUAUCGUUUCGACGUGCGACGAUGAAGAGUACGAUGAUAAUUUGAUUGUGAUUAACGAGGCGUACCAUUGCCUGCAGAGCAUUGCCACUCAUGAGAAGGGACGGCAGGCAUUGAGAGAGCUGGAUGUGGUCAGGAAGAUGGCGCAGGUUUACACCGAGCAGAGUUUUCAAAUCGACGAGGCUUUGACCCUUAUUGUGACGUUGGUCAGUCACUUUGGACCUUCGUCCUGGGGAGAGGAUCCAAAGCUGUUCCACGCCCUGAUGCAGCGAGUCUCGUUGGACUUCGAAACGGAUCAUGCUGAGAGGAAGUUUGAACUGGCGGAGAUGAUUGCCGUACUGCUGUCCACGUGUCGGCGUGAAUUGAUUUCCAGUACGGUUGAGGGCGAGAUUUGGCCCGAGUGUUUGUACAAAGGAGUCAGCGAUGUACUGACGAGUAAGAUCGGAAAGGCGCAGCGUGAUCCAACGCUAAAACUGACGGCUAAUGUAUUGGAAAUCCUGGGUAUUGAGUGGACGCUACACGAUUCGGAAAAUCCGAAAAAGUUCUUCCUGCUCCUGUUGCAGCUGGCCGCGAUCGAAGUGCGCAUGCAAACGGAUAACAAGAGCUUCAAUCAGGUUAUGGGUCAGGCCGACCUCGUCACGGCUUGUUUCAUCAUUUUGGAGCUAUCGAUGAAUUACAUGUCUACUGAUCAGUUGGACUUGGAUCAGAAGGACAAGCAGCAAGUAUACACCGGCUUGAAGGGAGCCUUUACGGGAGUGUUGUCCGUUUUAACCAAACUCUCGAACGACACCAGGAAGGACAAACUGCAGCCGAAAGAGAAGGCCUUUGCUUGUGCAAUAAUCCGAGUGGUCAGCGCUUGGCUUUCCCAGGAGACUUCUGCCCUGAAAGGACAAGUUUUCAAAUUGCUCCCAUUCAUCUUCAAGUUGGCAAACGAGUCCUUCUACGCUUCUCGUGAUCAUCGUAUCAAAGCCAAGACCGAACCAACAGCGGAACAAGCUCCGGCAGAUGUCCUUCGCGUAACGCUCCCGGCAAUUUGCCAUAUUGUUGUCGAGGAGGACGCUCGUAAAAUUUUCCUCAAAGAAAAAGAAGAACAAGUCCUCUACGACUGUCUGGUUUUCCAUUGGUCUAUCGCCCACUACAAGAAGCCCCCGAUUCCUCGCGCUGAACGUCUCAAGCGUAUGAACGAACCCGACCCGGAAUUGACUACCUUCCAAAUGGAUGAAAUGAAAGAUUCCCGAACGGCUAUCAUCUCUCUGUGCAACAUCUUCAUGAACAUCACCGUGCUGGAGCCAAAGUUGGUCGAAGAAAGCACCGUCUUCGCCCAGUUGAUCCGUUUCAUUUUCGACAAUCUCCCGGAACUUAAGGACACCCCAGAUAACCUGGUCAUGCACGGUCACCUCGCCGUUCUCGGAUUGCUCCUGCUGAAACAACAAUGCUCCAAUGUCAAAAAGAACGAUUUCUCCAUCUGCCGCUACAUCCAAGCCACGAUCCGAUUCCUCUGGGAUGCCUACAACAUCGAUGAAUCCAAUGAUCCACAGGCACUCGUCGUCUCGCUGGCAUACAAAGAGUACUGGUUCGAAAUCAUGGAGCUUUGGUUCCUGGGAAUGCAGACCAUGAGCGGAAUCAUCAAACUGAUCCCGUGGAUUUCCGAGUUUGCCAUCGAAUCCGGUUGGGCCGAGGGCAUCAUCGAGACCUUGCGGAAGGUGAAAAUCGGAACCCUGCCGCCGAAUGUCAAACUGGCCUACGAGGAUUUCCUGUCGCAGCUGGUCGAUGCCAAUUCUUCGGUCGCCGCAGUGCUGAAGAAGGCUGACGCCCUCAAGGUUUGCCGGAACCAUCGGAUGAUGGAACUGGGCAAGAAGCUGUUCGGCGACUAAGAGGCAAUUUUGAAUUUAUUUGAUUUGAUCUUAAGAGAGCCUGUACUGUACUGCUGUGGUGAUUAAUGCAAACGUUUUUUGUAUGUGUUUAUCUGCUCUACCUUUUAAAAGUAUGUAUGUAAUAAAGAAGCAUUAGAGCUGUGUAGUGAACUUAAUCCAAAA